UUUUUCCUUGGAGCUUUACAAUUAUGGCAUCACUUCAAUACGUCGCGGACAGCAGUGAAUAUGAUAAUUUUGCCAGGUCCAAUUUCAACUACAGCCAGGGUGUUAAACUUGGUAACGGCAUUGUCAAAUGCAGUGGCCAAGGUGGAUGGGAAGAUAACGGCGACCUUGCUGGAAAGGACACAAGUGAACAAAUUGAAAAAGCAUUUAAAAACGUCGAUCGUGUCUUAAGAAAAGCUGGUUGUAAUGGUUGGCAAGACGUUUAUUCUGUUCGUUCGUACCAUGUCGAACUAAAGAAAUAUCUCGAUAAGUUCGUUGAGGUUUUCAAACAAUGGACGCCAAAUCACCAACCAAUUUGGACUUGCAUUGGCGUUACAGAGUUGGGCGCCCCAAAUAUGAAUGUCGAAAUUGAAGUUGAAGCAUAUAACAAGAAUGCUUAAAUACCAGUAAUUUAUAACGAAUGAAUCCGGUUAAUAUUUGUAUAACUGACUUGAAGUGUGAUAAUAUGCUCUUG